AUGAUACAAAAACCUCAAACAGAGUCUACUCUAGAGAUCUUCACGGUCCAGGGGAAGACUCCCAACUUAGGCCAGAACUGGGACAGUGUUGCAAAGCAGGUAAACAGUAAUACUCAGAUGGUAACUGGUCAGGAUAAAACUAAAUCACCCUCCAAGGACUUACUGGAUAUUGAUGGAGAUGAACUUGUGGAAGAAGCCAUGGCCACUUUUAAAGAUUUACCCAGGGAGGAACAAAUGAAGAUUAUCACUAGCCUGGAGAAAGCGAGGACCGAUUUAAUUAACAUCACAGAAUCCCCUAUGUCACCUCCGAUUCCUCAUGCCACAGAGGGCACCAUCGUGGUCUGCUGCAUGGUGAAGCCUCCUUGGAUCUGUUCCUCAUCACUUUCACUCGCUGACUCAACUAUUCCAACACUUGGCUUCUCCUCCACAGAUAUUCAGCCUCAAAAAUGCCUUUUAUUUUCCUUUACAUCUCUUUGGGUCAACAAAUAUAUCUUCACCACAUCUCCUGGGCCACAACAUCAACGUCUCCCUGGGCCCAUAACCCUGUUGGCACAGUCAGCUUGUCCAUCUACAAGACCAGCCCUCAAACUAAGUAUUGCAAUUCGGCAGUUGGACCUGGAAUCUCCGGAAUGCCGUCCAGGUGGUCAUCAGAUACUUCAGAGUCCAUACCGAAGUGUUGAUUUUGAUUCAUCACAACUUCAGCAAUCAGCUAUUCAAGACCUAAUAUGUGACCAUUCACUAGCCCCUGGGUGGUACCGCUUCCUAAUUUUUGAUAAACAGGCUGAAAUGCCAACCAAGUGCGUAGAGAUGAAUCACUGUGGAACACAGGCCCCUGUCUGGUUGUCACUGAAAGAAUCAGAAUCCUUGCCUCGACCUGGUGAGAUCAAACAUUUAACAGCCUGUGCAACUUGGCAGUUUUUCUUCAGCACCACAAAAGACUGCUGCCUUUUCCGAAUUCCUCUUAGCGUGAGAAACUGUGGAGAUUUCUUCCUAUACUUGCUCCAGCCCACACAGGGGUGCAUGGGAUAUUGUGCAGAAGUUGUUUCAGGUGUAAAACAGCGUGCUUGCCAACUUGGGGACACUGAAUCUGAAACGACCUGUAGUAGCUUAUUGACUCAUCUGCCCUUGCCACUUCCUUUACCAUCUCCUCCAAGCACACCUGAAAUUGAGACGGAGUUCCUUGAUGGCAACAUUUUCUUAAAAUGCACCUUUGAUUUUCCAUCUGCAAACGCUUCUGUGGGCUUUAUUGUGGCUUGGUCCAGACUGUCUCCUGAAGGCAUCAAAGAGGAACUAAAACAAGAGACAACUGUUCAAGCUUUCUCACUUUUAGAACUAGAUGGUAUAAACCUUAGGCUUGGAGACAGGAUCUUCUGUAGCAGUUCCACCUUUUUCUUAGAGAAACCAGAAAUGCAAAGUUCAUUCAUUGACAGCAUGGAAUUUUUUGCAGGAAUUAAGCUGCAUCCUGAGGCAGAUAAUAUAUCAGAAGAUGGAAAGGAACACAAACUGACAAUCAAGAGCAAAAUUCCCAUUCCUUGUCCUGGAGCUAGUCAGCUGAAAAAUGACUGCAAAAUCUCAUUAAAAUUAUAUACGAUAGAAGAAGGGGAAGAUCAUGACAGUUCGAACCUGGCACUUUCUUCUUGCCAUGUGGACCUUCUUCAGCAGUCGUGCCUCAAUGGAACAUGUAGCCAGGCCAGCAUCCACUAUACUGCUAUGCCUGAUUUCACUCGGAAUGGAGACAGAAGGACCCGGAUUGUGGUGGAACCUGUAGUCAGUGACAAUUUUCUGUGGAAUGGUUAUAUGCCGGAAGGCAUUAAGAUUACUGUGAAGGAUCUCCCCUCUGCCUACUGCUACUCUUUUACUGACCCUCAUAUCAUCACAUUUGAUGGAAGAAUGUACGACAAUUUUAAAACAGGAACCUUUGUGUUAUACAGAAGUACUGCCCGUGAUUUUGAAGUCCAUGUGCGCCAGUGGGAUUGUGGCAGCCUUUAUUACCCAGCAUCAUGUAACUGUGGGUUUGUUGCUAGAGAAGGGGGCGAUGUAAUAGCCUUUGACAUGUGCAGUGGCCAGCUGCAUGACUCACAGCCGCACUUAUCAGUAAAGAGCAGAAAUCCAGCAGACAACAAUGUCAGGAUCACUGAAUCGUAUUUAGGAAGAAAAGUCACGAUCUCAUUUUCUUCUGGAGCUUUCAUUCGAGCUGAUGUGAGUGAGUGGGGAAUGAGUCUAACUCUCAGAGCUCCCAGUUCAGAUUAUAAGCAUACUUUGGGACUUUGUGGGACAUUUGACGGCAUUGUGGAGAAUGAUUAUCAUGAUGUGGAUGGCACUGAAAUAGCAAGCGGAGAUGAUGCAUAUUUGUCUUUUAUUAGUGAAUGGAGGAUUUCACCAGGAGAGAGUCUCUUUGACAAAACCCCGGCUCUUUCAACAUCAGCCAAGAAAACACAUUUCUGCCAUUGUAGCACUCAAAAUGUGGGAACAGAUCAGCCAAUAAAUAAACUGAACUCUGAGGCAGGAUUCACUUUGUCUUGCAAAAGAAGGGAACAAAAUGCAUGGCUGCCUUCUUUGAUCCCAGGGCUGGAUGUUACUGCUGAGUAUAUUAGCUCAGUUGAUGAUAUCAGGGGCUUAAGGAAGCGUGGAGCUGUACUCAAAGAAGCCUCCUCUGCUCUUGCCUCCAGAGAAGAGCUUUCUCUUAAUCAAACGGUUCUUCAAACAUCAUCCUCCAGGGACCUAGUUAUCUUUCCAGAUUCAAAGGCAGGUGUUACAGCUGAUAUGCAACCUCUUGAGAGCUUGGAAGGCAACAGAUACGCUGACAUUUAUGACAGUCAGGAGCUCCACGGGGGACAUUCUGUCAGAAAGCGUCCAAAGCGCCAGCAUUAUUAUGAGUACCUUUCAGUAUUUCCUGCCCAGAGCUUAAGCCAAACAGAUUUGGAUGGGUUUAGCUAUUUCUUUCCAGAGGAUCACACAGCUGACACACACCAAGAGGUCCUUUCUUCGUGGCCUACACCUUCUGGCCUCACUGAGUCUGAUGCCCUGGCCUUCUGUCAAGAGACCAUUGCCAAUUCCAGCAUAGCUAGGACUUGUAAAGCUCUCCUUGGCCAUCGAAUAGAGGACACAGUAAUUAUGUGUGUCAAAGAUCUACAGUUGAAGGAUGAUCUCAGCUGGGCAAAGACCAGCCUGGCUCUGUUGGAAAAUGAAUGUGAAAAGAGAGUUUGGGAAGAAGGUGAUUAUCACAUCAAAGGAAAUGAAGGAUUAAUGGAAGACCUGCUCUUAGCAUUGAAGUGCCCCAACCUCUGCAGCGGGAGGGGUCAUUGUGUUGAAUGGGGCUGUGCUUGCUUUCAAGGCUUUGCUUCUUAUGACUGCAGCGUGUCAUCUGGUCAGGUUCCAGAAAUUAUAGAGCUGGAUAAUGGAGGAUUAUGUGAUAUCCGGCUAUAUGAUUGCACAACUGUAAGAGUCUUUGGCCAUGGAUUCAUGGAGUCGCCUAGCCUGAGAUGUGAAAUUAACAAGUUACAGUACAGUGAUAACACAUGGCUGCUUGGGGAAUCUAUGUUUGUCCCUGCUGCCUUCCACAACAUUAGGACUAUAGAUUGCCAGCUUCCUACAGAAGGACCUCAGUCUGAUGCUGUAGAUCUGGUGGGCGACCAACCCAUUACUAGGUGGCAAAUCAAGAUUUCUAAUGAUGGAUUCACUUAUAGCAGCCCUAAAACAGUGACUUUAUUUGAUGGUGUUUGUCAGAUAUGUGAUCCACAGUCAAACGGAUUGUGUAGGUUAAAGGAAGAAACGUGCAACAUAGAUGGAUUUUGUUAUGGUGAAAAUGAUACGAAUCCUUCCAAGUCCUGUUUAGUCUGCAAACCUGAAAUAUCAAAGUCAACUUGGUCAGUUUCCGAAAACAACCAGCCACCUGUAUUCCAAAAUACACAAGGAAACCUGCUGGCAUUUUAUGGAGAGAAUUUUGUGUAUCAAUUCACAGCGAUGGAUCCAGAAGGUUCUGCUGUUGCUUUCUCACUGAAUUCAGGGCCCUCUGGUGCUAGUCUCUUUCCUACUGGGCUCCUCAUCUGGAAUGUACUGUCAAAAAGUACUCAAACAUUUGCUUUUACUAUAACAGAUGACUGCAAUGCUGAAACCAAAAUCACAAUGGAGGUCCAUGUGAAACCAUGUGACUGUUUAAAUGGUGGGUCUUGUGUAGCAGAUACCAAUUUCCUCCCUGGAAGUGGAAAAUUUCUUUGUGUCUGCUUGCCAGGAUUUGGAGGUAGACUUUGCCAAGAAGAUCCUGAUGAGUGCAAAACCCAGCCAUGUUUUCCUGGAGUGGUUUGCUUCAAUACUGUUGAUGCCUAUUAUUGUGGUCCAUGUCCAGAAGGCUUGUACGGAGAUGGGAAAAUAUGCUAUGAUGAAAUAAAAUCAACUAGCAAGGCUCCAGCUCUUCCUUUGACUCCAGAAAAUGCAUACGAGCCAAAAGAAGAUCACCAUGAUCAAACCGGAGUAAAAGUGGGCAAAAAUCUUAGUAUUCAUCAAGAAAGCACAACAGCUGGCUCCCAUACUGGUGAAUUUGUCCCUGGUUUCCUGCAACCGUCAACAGUUAAGGUUCCAAAUACUACGCACUUUCCUCCUAAUCCUGCAGAUGUUCCCAAAAGUUUUGUUCCCACAGAAGGAGCCAAUAACAUUCCACUCACUUCAGCAGACCAGACAACCGUAUCUUCAAACGUCCUGAUUUCACAAAGAACAGUGCUUAGAAGGCCUGUUACUAGCAGAUACCACAAUUAUACAUUUGGUAUCACUACCAUAAACAUCCAUGUUGGCAAUACAGGGGAGGACUUAACAAUAAACUCUACAUCUGACACAUUCCAUAGGAAUAACACAGUCUCUUCUGGGAAGACUACAGAGAUACAAAACCAGACUUAUUCCCCACUUGAAGCCAGCAUAACAUUGAGCAGCAAGGCUAACAUGGUCAAUGGGAUGCUAUUAACCAAGAAGGAACCAGGAGGAAGACGUGAUCGUCAAUUUCCAAAUAUAUUUGGCAAGCUUAAAGAUAAUACUUUAAUGUCUACCUUUGAGAGAACUGCUGUGCUAUCAAAAAGGCCUGGCACAAGUCAAAAAUUAGUCUCAACAACAAUUCCACAGUUACUAACCUGUGCAGAUUCACCCUGUUUUCCUGGGGUUCCUUGCCAGCCAAAUGACAAGGGAAGCUUCAAAUGUGGCCGUUGUCCUUUUGGUUAUUAUGGAAAUGGUGUCACUUGCAAAGCAAUAUGCAGGCAUACAUGUGGUCUAAACAUGGAAUGUGUAGCACCCAAUACAUGUAGAUGUAAGCCUGGUUACUUGGGCCGUAGUUGUCAGGCUGCUUUGUGUCGGCCAGAAUGCAAAAACCAUGGGAAAUGCACCAAGCCUAAUACUUGUGAAUGUCUCCCAGGAUUCAGCGGUUCCAUCUGUGAGAAAGCACAUUGUGAUCCACCUUGCCAACAUGGAGGGACAUGUCUGAAAAGAAACCUUUGCACUUGCCCAUAUGGAUUUGUGGGUCCACGGUGUGAAACAAUGGUUUGCAACAGGCACUGUGAAAAUGGAGGUGAAUGUCUUACACCAGAUGUCUGCCAGUGCAGAGUUGGAUGGUAUGGUCCUACGUGUAGUACAGCGGUGUGUGAUCCAGUGUGCCUCAAUGGUGGCUCCUGUAUUAAACCAAAUACAUGCCUUUGCCAAAAUGGAUUUUUUGGUGUCUAUUGUCAGAAUGCUGUCUGCAGCCCAUCUUGUAAAAAUGGUGGCCAUUGUAUGAGAAACAAUGUUUGCAGCUGUCCUGAUGGAUACAUUGGCAGAAGGUGUGAAAAAAGCAUCUGUGACCCAGUGUGCAUGAAUGGAGGAAGAUGUGUGGGACCAAACAUUUGUUCUUGUCCAUCAGGCUGGAAAGGCAAAAGAUGCAACACUCCAAUAUGUCUUCAGAAGUGCAAGAACCGGGGGGAAUGUAUUGGGCCAAAUACUUGUCAUUGCCCUCCAGGAUGGGAAGGAGUCCAGUGUCAAACAGCUGUGUGCAGCCGGAAAUGUCUGUAUGGCGGAAUAUGUAUAUUGCCAAAUGUUUGUGCUUGUCGUCCUGGCUAUGGUGGAGUCACUUGCAGCAAAAAAAGUCUGGUACGUCACACCUGAAGAACAAAUCCGAACUCCUUGGAUUGCGUAAGCAUGCUGCACAGAUUACAUGGUUCUUAGAUGCAGAAAGGUUCUGUUGAGACAUCACUUCAUAAAGGGCAGAAUCCAGCCACUUCCAUAUACUGCAUAUGGACCUACUCUAAGCAGGAACAUUCCCUUCCUCUCUUCUGUACUUUGCUAGUUCUGAUAAGGGAAUAGUUUUGCUGCAAGCCAUUGAUGCUAAACAGAAGCCCUCCUGCUGUUCACCUGUAAGCACCCAGCGGCUUGCUGCUUCUCAGGCCCGUGGCACAUACCAUUCUUCCAGCAGAAAUACAGCAGCACCCUGCUAGGUACCUGGCUGCUGAAUAAUUAUAGGUAAUGUCAAGACAAACAUAGGUUUUCUAUGAAUGGUGAGCAGGUUGUCCAAGUGAGCACAGCAUUCCAGAGGUGUACAGGAGUAUACCAGUGGAAAACAAUACAACUGCAUUACACUCCUCCAUCUCUUACUCUUUGCCUCUAGAAGAAGCUGGAGUGUGCAGUGUUCAUCAAAGUCUGAUGAGAAGCCUCAGUCUCAUUUGGAAACAGAUUCAUUUUAACAGAACUGGGGCUUGAAAUUUAAAGAUCUGAAACCUAAUACAUUGCUUUUCAUCUCUGUUUCCCUUGCCACCCUAGUACUAAAAAC